GGAGGAGGGAGUGCGCGUGCGCGUUGGGCCGGCUCGUCCCGUUCUGUCCCAAUCAUUGUAAACAGGCGGAGGCUGGGCGGGGUGGGAAUGGGGCGCCUGAGGCCGGUGAGGGUAGCCGCGCAGGAGGUGGCGACGGUGGCCGCGGCGGCAUCGUGAGAGCGAAGAGGCAGAGGCUGCGGCGGGGCGGGCGGUCGCGCGGCGGCAGACACAGGUGUAAUGGAUAGGUAACAGAACAGCUGUCUUCACUGUCUCAUUAGGCAGAAUGACUGAGUGCUUCCUGCCCCCCACCAGCAGCCCUAGUGAACAUCGCAGGGUGGAACAUGGCAGUGGCCUUACCCGAACCCCCAGCUCUGAAGAAAUCAGUCCUACUAAGUUUCCUGGAUUGUACCGCACUGGCGAGCCCUCACCUCCCCAUGACAGCCUCCAUGAGCCUCCUGAUAUAGUGUCUGAUGAUGAGAAAGACCAUGGGAAGAAAAAAGGAAAAUUCAAGAAAAAGGAAAAAAGGACUGAAGGCUAUGCUGCUUUUCAGGAAGAUAGCUCUGGUGAUGAAGCUGAAAGUCCUUCCAAAAUGAAGAGGUCCAAGGGAAUCCAUGUUUUCAAGAAGCCCAGCUUUUCAAAAAAGAAAGAGAAGGAUUUUAAAAUAAAAGAAAAACCAAAAGAGGAGAAACAUAAAGAAGAAAAGCACAAAGAAGAAAAACAUAAAGAGAAGAAGUCAAAAGACUUAACAGCAGCAGAUGUUGUUAAACAGUGGAAGGAAAAGAAGAAAAAGAAGAAGCCAAUUCAGGAGCCAGAGGUGCCUCAGAUUGAUGUUCCAAGUCUCAAGCCCAUUUUUGGAAUUCCUUUGGCUGAUGCAGCAGAGAGGACCAUGAUGUAUGACGGGAUUCUACUGCCAGCAGUUUUCCGUGAAUGUGUAGACUAUGUAGAGAAGUAUGGCAUGAAGUGUGAAGGCAUCUACAGAGUUUCAGGAAUUAAAUCAAAAGUGGAUGAGCUGAAAGCAGCCUAUGACAGAGAGGAGUCUCCAAACUUAGAAGACUAUGAGCCUAAUACUGUAGCCAGUUUGCUGAAGCAGUAUUUGCGAGAACUUCCAGAGAAUCUGCUUACCAAAGAGCUUAUACCCCGCUUUGAAGAGGCUUGUGGGAGGAGCACAGAGAAUGAGAAAGUGCAGGAACUCCAGCGCCUACUGAAGGAACUGCCAGAAUGUAACUAUCUUCUAAUUUCCUGGCUCAUCGUGCACAUGGACCAUGUUAUUGCAAAGGAACUGGAAACAAAAAUGAAUAUACAGAACAUUUCUAUAGUGCUCAGUCCAACUGUUCAGAUUAGCAACCGUGUUCUGUAUGUGUUUUUCACACAUGUGCAAGAGCUCUUUGGAAAUGUGAUUCUAAAGCAAGUGACAAAACCUCUCCGAUGGUCUAACAUGGCCACCAUGCCCACACUGCCAGAAACACAAGAGAGCAUCAAGGAGGAGAUCCGGAGACAGGAGUUUCUUCUGAAUUGUUUACAUCGAGAUCUACAGGGUGGGAUAAAGGAUUUAUCUAAAGAAGAAAGAUUAUGGGAAGUACAAAGGAUUUUGACAGCCCUCAAAAGAAAAUUGAGAGAAGCUAAAAGACAAGAGUGUGAAACCAAGAUUGCACAAGAGAUAGCCAGUCUUUCAAAAGAGGAUGUUUCCAAAGAAGAAAUGAAUGAAAAUGAAGAAGUUAUCAAUAUUCUCCUAGCCCAAGAGAAUGAGAUCCUGACUGAACAAGAGGAACUUUUAGCCAUGGAACAGUUUCUGCGCCGACAGAUUGCCUCCGAAAAAGAAGAGAUUGAACGUCUCAGAGCUGAGAUUGCUGAAAUUCAGAGUCGUCAGCAGCAUGGCCGCAGUGAGACUGAGGAAUACUCCUCUGAGAGUGAGAGUGAGAGCGAAGAUGAAGAGGAGCUUCAAAUCAUCUUGGAAGAUCUACAGAGACAGAAUGAAGAGCUGGAAAUAAAGAACAAUCAUUUGAACCAAGCGAUUCAUGAAGAGCGAGAGGCCAUCAUUGAACUGCGCGUGCAACUCCGCCUGCUCCAGCUGCAGCGAGCCAAGCCCGAGCCACAGACUCAGGAUGAUGAAGAGCCCGAGAGGCGUGGGGGCGCUGUCCAGGUGCCCAGAGACACCGCCCCAGAGACAAAAGCAGCUAAAGAGCAGCCAAAGUCAGGCAAGGAGCAGGCCAAGCCAUCCCCGAGCAGAGACAGGAAGGAGACACCCAUCUGAGCAGCUGCGUCAUGGAAUCGUCCACACCUAACAAGACCUGUGCAUCUUACUGUAAUACCGAGAGUCAGAGUGCACAACUCUCUGCUGUACAUUCUGUAAAGAUGUCUUUUCUUCUCAGAGACCCUUCCUUCUUUCACACGUAUGACUUCUCCGCGUCAGGCUCAGGUUAUACACAGGAGGAGAAAGCAAUGGACGCAUUGUAGGCUUGUAGGGGACAGAUGAAUUUUCCAGGUAGGAUCAGCUUAUUUGAAGAUUAAUUUUCUUUGUUAACUUAAAAUAACUAUUUUAACCCUUGAGUGGCUUCUUUUUAAACCAAAAAUCGUCUUUCUUUGCUUUUUUUUAUUAUGGCAGAAUCAGGAUCUCUUUCUCUGGUUCAGGAGGGG